AUGGUUUCAACUGAUAGUAAAGCAACAAUCUUAAACUAUGUCAGGAAUUGCUUUGCAUCUGGAGAUGAUUCGGGAUUUUGCGAAAAAUUACUCAAUAAAGUUAAAGAUGUCACUGAUGAAGAGAUUGAGAGCAUUUUGAGUGGACAAUAUUUUAACGAAGUUGUAAAUACGGACUCCGACGAUUUUUAUAGACAUUCCCCAGAAUGUGCCUUCGUACCUUGUGAAGACCCGUUAAGUGCGUUUUACUCCUCUAUUAAUAGCUUUGAGGAUUCUCAGCAGUCUUCCCUUUCACAUAGAAAGAAUGCAUCCAAUAUUCGACAGCUUUCUGCUGAGGAAGUGGACAAGUAUUUUCCAUCAAAACCGAUAGUCCGCACAAACAAACCGGAUACAGCAUUAAAAUCAGAAAAGUCUGGGUUGACAUUGGCACUAGAACAAGCUAAGCUAAGUGGACAUUUAAAAAGAAAUAAACUAUUUUCUGAUUUUGCUAUCUACGAUGCUCGGUCAACACUUGGUACAAAUCAGCGUGUUCCAGAUAGUCGCUUUCCUGAUGCAAACGUAGAUCCUUCUCUGCGUCAGUUCAAUGUUUGGCUCUGGAGGCUUAGGGGCUUCCCGCGCACGUCAAUUACAGUGCAACCACGACUGGGUACUACAGUACAACAGUUCAUGGGUCUCACUUUAUGGCAGUACUUUAAUGAGUUUUCAACAUCUGAUGGUGAUUCUACACUUGCCCCAACUCAGUUAGAUGAUCUAGACGAAUCAUUUUUAAACCGUUUGGCUUUACAUAUGUUUGAUACACUGGAUGAUGAAUAUGACGAUAAUGAAGAUGUAGAUUCAGAAUUUCCACCACUUGAAUUGAAUGACCCAAUUCAUAAAUAUGAAUUUAAGUCAUUUGCUCUGGUUGAACGAGUGCAAACACCAUUAGAAGAGGCAUCGAAGAAAGAAAUUUCGCAUGUGUUAGUCACAAUACAUAUGGCUCAAGGUAUGAGUGUACUUCGAUUCCCAUCGGAUACUUGUUUAAGUACAGUGUUAGAACGUGCUGUAUAUCGUCGUCGUCUACGCCAGCAUGGUGGUUAUGCUUAUAGAUUGGAACUUUGGCCACGAAACACAGAUCAACAGAACAACAAUAUAAAAAGCAAUAAUAUUCUAUUGAAUAAAAAUUCUCAGUUAGAUUUAAGUAAACCAUUAAGUUAUUUUAUUGCUGCUGGUUUGCCGUUACACUUUCUUCUUGUUCGUGAAAGCAGUCGGUGUGAUACAGCUCUUUCAGAUCAAAACGAUGAUAUUGAAGCAACAAAGCCAUUAGAAUCAAUGUUAGCAUUAGAUACAACAUUAGAACCAGUUCAUACAGCAUUACAUUUAAGACAAUAUCAAGUGACUUAUUUAAAAGGUCUUUUUCCACCUGAAGUUCAGCUAAAUAUUUCACCAAAUGAAUUAAAAAUUGAACAAAAACGUCCAAAAUUAUUCUCCAAAUUAAUGAAACCAAUCAUUAUACAAAUUAAUGCAAUUGCUGAUUGUGAAUUAAUCACUUCAGGAUAUUCAACAUGUGGAAUAAUGGAUAAGCCAUCUAUAAUAACCAAUACUACUACUACUACUACUAAUACUACUAACAAUAAUAAUAGUAGUAUUAAUGAAUCCAAUCAAAAAUUUUCUUCCGUAAAUAAAACUGAUAAUUUAUCUACUGAUUAUAUAAUAAAGGGGAAUCAUAAAACAUUCAAUAAACAUCAUAUAACAACUGAACAAUCUUCCAAAUCAUUUGUAUCACAUAAAACACAAUUUAGAAUUGUUUAUAUUCCUAAUUUUGAUUCACAUACCGAUUGGAUAACUUCACAAUUGACUACUUCUAUUGGUAUUGGUGGAUGUGGACGAUCAACUGCUACUAAUGACCAACAACAGCCUCAUAUUCUUCUGCCACCAUCUUCUACAUCAAAUAUUGUAACUUGUUUUGGACAAGAUUUACCUGAGGUCACAACUACUAACAUGUUCAAUAGUACUGAUGCUAAUUGUAAUACUAAUAUUGCUAUGAAUGUAAAUACAACCACUUCGAAUAUGUCAACUACUAAUAUUACUACUUCUACUUCUACUAAUAAUACUACUGUUAUCAAUAACAGUAAUAAUAAUAAUAACAAUAGUAGUUUAUUUCAUCAAUUAUGUUUUGAAACACAAUGGUCACGAGCUAGAGCUAUAUGUGAUCAAUUGAAUAUUAUAUUAGAGGUAUGUCAAAGUCAAUCACGUCAAUUGUACAUGAAACAAAGAUCCAUUCAUUAUUGAAGGGAAUAUAUCUAUAUACAUAGACCCUCACCUUGUAAAUUAAUUUGGAUUAUUUGAAUCUAUUUUUUUCAUAUCAAAUUUCUUUUCACAUUUAACUUCUUGUAUCUAUGUGUGAUUG